AUGAAUUGUGUGGGUGUGGGGUUGGUGAUGAUGUUAAUUGCCGUUCAUGUAAUUAAUGGUUGCAAUGCGGGGGGAACCACCACUGAAACCAAAGUAGUAGAGGGCGAUGGAGAGGAUGAAUCAACAACUUGGACAGGAUGGGCCAAGGACAAGAUCUCUGAGGGUCUUGGCUUUAAAGAAGACCAUAAUCAGAAUAUUGUUGAUGAUGAUGCUGCCAAGAAAAGCAAAGACAAGGUCACCGACGCAGCUGCUGCAGGUGGAGAAUAUGUAUCGGAAAAGAGUGGUGAUGUGAAGAAAGCAACAACGGAGAAAGCAUCGGAAGCAAAAGAGAAAGCAUCAGAAGCAAAGAGGAAGACUGCCGAAAAGGCAGAGGAAGCGUAUGACAAGACGGGACAAGCGGCCGUUGAUAAAGCAACGGAAGCUAAGGAAGCGGCAAAGGCGGGGAUGGAGAAGACAGAGGAGCAUAUGGGCGGCUGGGCCAAGCAAGGUUAUGAAGCUGCCAAGGAUAAGGCUGCACGAACUUACGACUCCAUAUCCGAAAACAUUGAAGCAGCCAAGCUUAUUAAAGACGAUGUUUUAACCACCACUCAUGAUGAGGAGCUGUGAAACUACGAUCGACACCUACUUAUGUUUACAUAUGGAUGGAUGUUUUAUAUAUAUAUAUAUAUGUACUAUGUAACGUAGUAGAGAUGGUCAUUUAAGCUGGUGUGUGUGUUUGUGUGUAGACAUAUAUAUACACAUGUUGUUUUAUGUACUCGAUCGCUAAAUAAUUGAUUUUCUUCAAUU